UUAUGUGACAGAGGGAGUAAAAGUGACAUUAUUUCACCCCCCAAGAACAGGUUUAACGCUGACAUAAAAAGGUCCUUGCUUGGGGAAUAAGUAAUCAAAGGAUCGUACAUUACAGACUCAAGAAUUCCAUUUGAAUUAGUGACAAAAAGUGAUUGAUCCUCUGAUAAAGGGGAACUGAGACUUCUGGCACCCAGACCUCGACACGUUGUUUAAAUAACAUGGAUUGGGGAACUCUCUAUGAAGUAAUUGGAGGAGUCAACCGACAUUCCACAAGUAUUGGCAAAAUCUGGUUGUCAGUCCUCUUCAUAUUUCGCAUUAUGAUAUUGGUUGUGGCAGCAGAGAGUGUCUGGGGCGAUGAACAAUCAGACUUCACUUGCAAUACUUUACAGCCUGGGUGCAAAAAUGUCUGCUAUGACCAUCACUUCCCAAUAUCUCACAUUAGGCUCUGGUGCCUUCAACUCAUCUUAGUGGCUACACCUGCCCUUUUGGUAGCCAUGCAUGUAGCCUAUAUAAAACAUGGAAAAAAGAAGGAGGCAAAGAGCAAAGGUGGCUGUGAAGAGAAGGAUUUGGAAGAGUUGAAGAACCGUAAAAUUAGAAUUAAGGGAACCUUGUGGUGGACCUACACAGUCAGCAUCAUGUUCAGAAUCUUGUUUGAAGCUGCCUUUAUGUACCUCUUCUACUUUUUGUACACUGGUUUCCACAUGCAACGCUUGGUCAAAUGUGACAACUGGCCCUGUCCUAAUGUGGUUGACUGCUUCAUUUCCAGGCCCACUGAAAAAACGGUGUUUACCAUUUUCAUGGUCAUUGUAUCUGGUAUCUGUAUGGUACUGAAUGUGGCAGAAUUGUGCUAUUUGAUCAUACAGGCUUCCUUUAGAAGGUCGAGAAAAAAUGUCCAGAAACAUAGCCUCAGCAAUGGCAAGGAAGAAAAACAAAAUAUGUUGAAUGAACAAAAAGAGGCUUGAGUUGGCCAAAUAUGAGUCUUGGUGAUAUUGUGAAAGCUAGUUGCAAUUCACUAACUGACUUAUUAUGUCUUAUUGUAGCAUUAAGGACAUGCAGACAGGAAACAAAUUAGGCAAUAAUUGAUGUUAAAAAAGAAACAUUUUUUUAACAUGUUUUCCUUAUCAAACCAAUACCAGCAUUGUAACAAAAGUGUUCAAAGGGACACGUUUGAGUUCUGAGCUAGAAUUGUAGCCUUUACUUGACUGACAAUCAAUAAUAGUAUUUUAUAAAGCAAUGUGUGUAUUUAUGUUACA